GAUCCUCGUCAGCUGCUAUCAUGAAACCCCACUGUGUCCAUGGCUCGGUGCGCAGUCCCGUACAGACCUCUACCGAAUAUCUUACGCCGUCUGACAAGUGAUUUUUAAUUAGACGGCAGGGAUCGUCUAAUUUACCGGGACACCGUUGGCGCCUUUGAUUAGAAUUUCGAUGCACUCGAUAAUUCGACAAUUCCAAGUGGAAGAUCGGCUCUACAUUCCGUGUCAAAUUACGGCGAUUAGGCUAUCUGUCGCCAUUAGGGUAGCUUUCAAAUGGUAGGCUACUCAAUAGACGGUUUUUAAUAAUCUUUUUAGGUAGAAGUGUAGUGUAGUUUUAGUCUAAUGAGAUCUGCGGUUUACUGAUAGGCUUGGCUACUGCGCUUUCAAGGAUAGGACAACAACAAGUCCAAGGAGCAAUUAACUCGAGCAAUUGUCUUUAUCUGUAUACACGAACUGAGGAGGAGAAGCAACGAACAUGUUCGAGACGAGAGGGAUUCCUUUUAUUCUGCUUGACAUAGCCUGUUUAAUUCUCGGGGGACUGCCCCUGGCAGCCUUUAACUUGGGCAAAAUCAAGCCUUAUCAGAGGGGCUUUUUCUGUAACGAUGACAGCAUCAGCUACCCCUUCCACCAGAGCACAGUCACCUCCACUGUGCUCUACACGGUGGGCUUCGCUCUGCCCAUUUGCUGUAUGGUCUUUGGAGAGUGCCUUUCAGUCUAUCUAAAGCACAUCAAAUCAAAGUCCUCUUUCAGCAACAUGUAUGUGGCCAGUGUUUACAAAGCCAUCGGCACCUUCGUGUUCGGGGCUGCCAUGAGCCAAUCGCUCACUGACAUCGCCAAGUAUUCGAUUGGUCGGCUGCGACCUCACUUCCUGGACGUGUGCAAGCCCGACUGGAAGCUGAUCAACUGCACGGCAGGUGCCUACAUCGAGGACUUCACCUGCACCGGGGAUACGCACAUGGUCAACGAGGCCAGGCUGUCCUUCUACUCCGGCCACUCCUCCUUCUCCAUGUACUGCAUGCUGUUCCUGGCACUGUACAUCCAGGCCAGACUGCAGGCAGAGUGGGCUAGACUCCUGAGACCAACACUCCAGUUCUUCGCGAUCGCUGCAUCCGUGUACACUGGCCUGUCACGUGUGUCCGACUACAAACACCACUGGAGCGACGUCCUGGCUGGCCUUAUUCAGGGGGCACUCAUGGCCAUACUGGUGGUAUUUUUCGUGUCAGACUUCUUCAAGAAGAGGGUGGAACCUCAGGAGGUGGAGAUUCCCCAUACCAGCCUGCAAGAGACACCCACUAACGGAAACCAUUACGACAGCAGCCCCAACUAAGCUAUAGAGAAAAGGAACCAUGCACCCGCGUAUCCGGUGGGAAGCGUUUACUGCAUGCACAUCAUAUCCCACUAAGGGUCGGACCACUGGGGUGGAAAUAAAUGCUACGUCCCAAAUGGCACCCUACUCCCUAAAUAGUGCACUAGUUUUGACCAGGACCCAUAGGGCUAUUACCAAAACUAGUGUACUAUGUAGGGAAUAGGGUGCCAUUUGGGAAGCAGAAAGACAUGUGAAUGUAACCCUGCUUUGUGCUUUCCUGACCUAUGACCUGGAGCCAAGCUGUCUGAGCUCCCUAUUGUACUCUGAGUCCCACCCAUAUUGCCUUGGCUGGACUGCUACUGCUGCUAUUACAGCUUCCUGUGUAUUAUUAUUAUCCAGACCAAUAUGUAUCUUCAACUGAAGCAACAAAAAAAAUAAACAAUACAAUGUUUAAUCCA